CCUUCUUUGCUGAUUAUGCUGAAGCUCACUUGAAGCUCUCUGAGCUAGGGUUUGCUGAUGCAUAAACUGUUUGAAGCAGAAAGGGGUGAUGCCAGCUACCUUUUGCUCUUAUUAUCUCCGUUUUGUAAUUUGUGGCAGCCCACAGGCCACAGUUGUUGGUUAAUGAGAUGAGAUAUGUGGAGAUUUAGUUGGUUAUCAUCCUUUGGAUUUAAAUAAUUAAGAUUUCUUUGUAAUGGACUAGAUGUUUUGUUUCCUUGCACUGCUGAAUGUUUAUUUUAAGUGAAUGACGAUGAUAUUCGGAUCAACUUACUAUCUUAAAAACAAUCCUUCUCUGCUUGUGCUGCAAUCUUAAAUGCUUUGAGGCUGGCAAGUCUGUUAUACUUCAUAACGGGAAACCCGCAAAACUGUUAUAUGAGCUGGGCUGCUGGAGACAGAGCUGGGCUGCUGGACACGGAGCUAGGCUGCUGGAGAUGGAGUCGGGUUGCUGGAGACGGAGUUGGGCUGCUGGACACGGAGCUAGGCUGCUGGAGACGGAGUUGGGUUGCUGGAGACAGAGCUGGGUUGCUGGACACGAAGCUCGGCUGCUGGGGACGGAGCUUGGCUAUUGGAGAUGAAGCUCGGUUGCUGGAGACGGGUGAACGGAGCUCGGCUACUGGAGAUGAAGCUCGGUUGCUAGAGACGGGUGAAGAGAAACAAGAUGCAAGAUCUAGCCCUGCACCACCGGUUCACCAAGUCCAAGAUCUAGGGCGCCGACUCACAAAACAGGAAGGAGGAGGAGCAGCAGUUGCACACCCUGCACCACCGGUGAAGAGGGUCAGAUCGGAGGGCAAGGCUAUGUUCGCAAAGUAUGCUCGAUCUGAAAUUGCAUAUUUGUAGGGAAGGAUUAAAACUUAAAAGACCUUGACCAAAACGACGUUGUUUUGGGUAAGGAAAUCCUUUUUUUUUUUUGGGAGCAUGAAGUGUACUGACCGAAAUUUUGUGUACCGGCCGGUACAUGAAAUUUCGACCGGUAUACCGAAUUUUGACAUAAACGAUUAGAUUUUGA